AUCCGGGGGAAAUCGAAACUCUGGACUGUGAGCUGAAACGAAAAAGGAAGUGGAUGUGUAAACAGAGCAGUGAGAGUUGAACACCGGUGAGAAGAACACCGAGAGAAACGUUGACAUUUGUGGUUUGUUUGCUGUGUUUUUUUUAACAGAAUUUAAGAUUGAAUUUCGACCGCUGCGUCAGUAAUGGCCACUGUAGCUAAGCUUAUGGAGUACGCACAGAGAACCGGCUCCAAGGUGAUUUUUGAAGAGUUGAGCUCCGUGGGACCCGACCAUGACAAGAUAUUCACCCAGAGAGUAGUAUGCAACGGUGAGGUGUAUCCCGAAGGUGUGGGGAGGAGCAAGAAGGAAGCCAAGCGUAAUGCUGCUGGAUAUGCCUUGAGACGCUUGUUGGAGAACCAACCUGCCAGCAAUGUGGGAAAUAGCCAGAGUCUGAAUGACGACAGCUUUGAAGAGACAGAUUACAAAGGAAUUCUCAACCACCACUGUCAGAAAAGAAGCCUCGUCCAUAAUUACAUCCAAGUGAAAAGAAGCGGUCUACCACAGAGUCUCCAAUUCACCUACAAAGUAGUAAUUGAAGACAAGGAGUACCCUGAAGGGAAGGGGAAUACUAUCAAGCAAGCCCAACAAAAUGCUGCUCAGCAGGCCUGGUCUGCUCUUCAGGAGCAGUCCGACUGGGACAGCAAGGUUUCCUUGAGGUCCACUGUAUCCGAAGAUGAUAAUCCCCCCAUGAUGUCAUCAACUUCAACCUCGCCUUCAACAUCGAUCUCGACAUCAACUUCACUGGCCCCCAGGAUGUCGUCAUCACAAAGCGAACCAAUGAGUACAAGUGACUCCAUAGUAUUCAAUAACUCAUCAAACCCUCACAGUGAUCAGGUUGCUGUGGAAAACAAGGGUAGGGCCGAUAGUGUGAGUAGCACACUAACCAAGUCCAGAUAUACAUCAAAGUUCGAUUGCAAAAAAUAUCUCGGGGGAGGAGCCUUUGGUCGGGUGUACAAAGUAAGAGAAAUACUGCUGAACAAGAAGUUUGCCGUCAAGAUUGUCCGUGUUAAAAAAAAAAUCAGCAGAAAAGAUCUGCGAGAGGUGAAGGCAUUAUCAGUCCUUCUUCACACCAACAUUGUGCGAUACUACAGUUGUUGGACUGAGGAUACAGGUUACAUGCAGAGCAGUUCAGCAGACAGCUGCUCUUCUCAGGAAUCUUCGCCACAGCUCCUUUACAUUCAAAUGGAGUUAUGUGGCUCAAAAACACUUGGACACUGGAUAAAAGAGAGGAAUACGAGAACUCUGCCAGACUCCAGCAGACGACAGGAGAGUCUAACCAUCGCUAAACAAAUAGUCAGUGGAGUCGAGUACAUUCACUUCAAAAAACUCAUCCACAGGGAUCUGAAGCCUGCCAACAUCCUGUUUGGACAGGAUGGAGCAGUGAAGAUUGGAGACUUUGGUCUGGUCACUGCUGAUGAUGAAGACGAUGAAAACCCAAGGGAGAGAACUAACGAAACAGGAACCAUGUUGUACAUGGCUCCCGAACAAUUUGAGAACAUCUAUGACCGGAAGGUGGACAUAUUCGCCUUCGGGCUGAUAUACUUUGAACUCCUCUGGAAAAUCUCUACUGGCCAUGAAAGAGCGGAGGUUUUAAGAGAUGCCAGAAAUCAGAAGUUCCCCAGAGAGUUUCCACUUACUCUUCCUCAAGAGGAACAAAUAAUGAGGUCAAUGCUGUGUAAGGAGCCAAAACAACGACCUGAAGCAAGUGCUCUGAACGCAGAGCUGGAAAAGUUGGCCCACACUCUCAACCCUGAAAAAACUGAAAAUUAGCAAAAUGUAACAGUCUGACAGUCACACUAGGUUAUAAACAUCUGUCUCCUCUCAAUAUACAUUUUUUAUGUUUUAUGAUUUUGUUGGCAAACGGUUGAUGGCUUUUAUUGUGCUUUAACCUGAGGAGCCAGGACUGUUUGCUGUCCUGGCUCCUGAAUGGUGGAAUGAGCUCCCCAGUUACAUCAGGACAGCAGAAAGUCUAUACAUCUUCCGCUGAAAACUAAAAACACACCUCUUCCGACUAUACCUUCAAUAAAAGUUUAAACUAACAAUUUAGUAGCACUUAAAUGGUACUUACUUAUAGCACAUUGUAGUUUGGCUUUCUUGAAGAAAAAGUACUUUUUGAUUCUUGUUGUUAUGGGUUUGUAUCCUCAUGGUUAAAUGCACUUAUUGUAACCAGCUUUGGUGGAAGCGUCAGCUAAAUGAAAUGUAAUGUAAUGUAAUCAAGAGAUAUUUUAUGAUGACAUAUAUUAAUGCUAGAAAUGUAUGUUAUGUAAAAGUGUUUUAAAUCAUUGCUUUGUAUUGAUUAUCAUAUGAUUGUGGUUAAUGUGGUUAUCAAUUUUAAUCUGUCCAUCUGCUAUCAUGAUUGUAGGAGCCAUAAAUAUAUUAAGUUAAAGAAGAAUCUUAUUAUUACUGUUAUUAUUAUGGUUAUGAUACAAUGUGUGAUGUAAUACAUUUUUACAGAUUUCAGUGAUUUUUUGAUUAUCUCAGCGACACAUUUGUUUUCUUGAAGUCGCUUAAAUGGUUAUAUAAACUUUUUACUUUGUAUGUAGACAACUCGACAGCCUUCUCCCCAGGCGGCAUAUGGCUGCACUAAUUGAAAACAUCAGUUUUAUUUGAAACAAACAAGGCCAACGAAAACAAGUGAUUAGGAAGGAUAUAAAUGUGGGACAAUACCAGAAACCAGAAAUUUACCCUCAUGAGGUUUUUUUUCAUUUUACCUUACAUUAGGACUUGUUUUCCUAAUUUAUUUUGAACUUCUUUGGAACCUGUCAGGAGAGAGGAAAACUGGUGAGUUUGUCUCAGACACAUUAUGCAAUACACUGUACAGUAUGUCAGUUUCACACUUUAAAAGUUCUCACUACACUGUAAAAAUAAUAAUAAUUUUAAACUACAAUUCUAAGACAAAAUAAAUUGACAAAACUGUAAAUGAUUUUGAUAAAUGUUUGGAAGUUUUACAAGGAGUAAUGUUUCUCACCCUGUAAAAUUUAAAAUAAAGUUGGUUUACAAAAAAAGAAAAGAACAGCAUUUCAUGCAAGUAUAUUAUUGACAGAAGGACUUUUUUUAAAUGGAACAAUAUAAUGCAAGAUUGAGAUAGUUAUCAUCAGCUCUGCAGCGAAGUUCACCAAUGACCAAUGUAGCAGAACACUAAACACUUAAAAUCAAAUAGGAACAACCCAUUUGAGGGUUAAAAUGUGUCUUCAUGUCUUCAGCU